GAAGCGCGGCCGCGCGCGGAGGAUGGUGCGCCUGGCGGCCGAGCUGCUCCUGCUGCUGGGGCUGCUGCUGCUCACGCUGCACAUCGGCGUCCUCCGGGGCCGCCCCCCCCCGCGGCCCGCCGCCGACUCGGCCAACCGCAGCCGGGCCCGGGGGAAGAAUAAUCUCAACUUGGAUGACCACUCUCCUGCCGAGUCGAGUUUCACACUCCAUGAGGAGGAGCAGAAGGAGUAUCCUGACCACCGGGCAGCACACCGACCGUUCCCAAGACAGCGUUUCAGGCAGGAGAAUGGACACACAUCCUUACAGAGGGAUGGGCCCAGGUCCUUCCUUCUGGAUCUCCCAAACUUCCCAGAUCUGUCAAAGGCAGAUAUCAACGGGCAGAAUCCAAACAUCCAGGUCACUAUAGAAGUUGUGGACGGUCCCGACAGCGACCCGGAGAAAGAUUUGAGUCCGGAGAACAAGCCCAGCUGGCCAAUCCCUUCACCGGACUGGCGGAACUGGUGGCAGAGGUCUUCGACGUUGACCCGGGUGAACGGCGGUGACCAGGACUACAAGUACGACAGCACCACCGAAGACAGCAACUUCCUCAAUCCUCCCGAGGGGUGGGAUCGCCAGCCACCCAGCCACCGGACCUUCGAAACCAAAGAACAGACAGAGUACGAUUACAUCGAUGGGGAAGGAGACUGGAGUCCUUGGUCCCUGUGCAGUGUAACCUGUGGGGGCGGGAAUCAGAAGCGAACCAGAUCUUGUGGUUAUGCCUGCACUGCCACUGAAUCCAGGACGUGUGAUAGACCCCGCUGCCCAGGAAUUGAAGACACUUUCAGGACGGCUGCCACAGAAGUGAGCCUGCUUGCAGGAAGCGAAGAGUUCAAUGCCACCAAACUUUUUGAAGUUGAUAUGGACAGCUGCGAGAGGUGGAUGGGCUGCAAAAGCGAGUUCCUAAAGAAGUACAUGCACAAAGUGAUCAACGAUCUCCCCAGCUGUCCCUGCUCCUACCCCACAGAAGUCGCCUACAGCUCAGCCGAGAUCUACGACCGGGUUAAGCGGAAAGAUUUCCGCUGGAAGGACGCCAGUGGGCCAAAGGAGAAACUGGAGAUCUACAAGCCGACCGCAAGGUACUGCGUGAGGUCCAUGCUCUCCUUAGAAAGCACUACGUUGGCGGCCCAGCACUGCUGCUACGAUGACAGUAUGCAACUCAUUACGAGGGGGAAAGGAGCCGGGACCCCAAACCUGAUCAGCGUCGAGUUCUCUGCAGAGCUCCAUUACAAAGUGGACGUCUUACCCUGGAUCAUCUGUAAGGGGGACUGGAGCAGGUAUAACGAAGCCCGGCCCCCCAACAAUGGUCAGAAAUGUACAGAAAAUCCUUCAGAUGAAGACUAUUUCAAGCAAUUUCAGGAAGCCAGAGAAUACUGAGGGGUACACCCUUUCUUAGAGGGGGAUGUGGACAACCAUUCUCUUAGCACCUAGGACGCCAACGAACUGAGCUGCUGGAAAUGGGGUCAGUGAGGGGUUUUUCCAAUAUAUCUGUAUAUUUGUAUAUAUUACAUGUGUAUUUUUCAAAAGUUACAAUAUGGGUGUGUAUAUACCCAUGUGACUCUAUUAUAUAGAUCAGGCACAUCCUAUACCAUACAGACAGACUAGAGGUUUUCCCAAGGGAAAUAUAUGCUAUUGCCAAACACAGCUUGAAGGGGAAGAAGGCGCUGGAAGAAUAAACUAAAAGGGGGAAGUCAAUGUGACGAGCCUGGUGUUCCAACCUAAUAUUCAGAGUGCGGUGAAGGUGAGGGGAAAAGAAAUCGAAGCAUUAUAAAUCAUUUUUAUAGGUAACUUAUUCACUGUGAAUGUGACACUCAUGACCUUAUUUCUGGAAUUGUAUUCCUGGAAGUAUUUAGUCACAUCUCUGAGAGAGGAGUUCAUUUGUGGGCAGGGGAGGGAGUUGGGGAGGAAAUUAGAAGAAAGAAAUCCCAAACCCCAGAUUAGAAAUACCAAAGAAAAUAAUUCCAAAGAAAUAUUAUUCAAUUAAACAGCACCUUGUUGAGGUCCUGGCUUGUGAACUCAGUUUGUUUCAGUGGUGCUCCCCAGUCACCGGGCUGUGUUGUAGCGGGAUCAGGCUUAAGGCUUGGGUACACCUAUCCAAAUGCACAGAAUCCAAAGUCGAAGGCCAGAAUUUGCAUCAUCUGUGGACUCUAGGAAAAGUUUUACCAGUAUGAAAGUGCAUCCUCCUAGCACAUUUCUGAGUGAAUAAUGAAAAACAUUACACAUUUCUACCUUAAAAAUACCAAGUAGAACAUUGUUUUUAACAAAAUCAUUUUUCGUAUGUGUACAUCAUUCCACCUCACUCUUUUUCCCCUCCACCAGCAUGUUCCCAAAGCGCAGUUUGCGGCAAAACAUGUUUAAAGAAAGGCUUGGGGCUGGGGAUCAGGAAUGUUCUAAUGUUUAAAGAAAAAACCUGCAUUAUUUUUGUAAAGUAUUUAUUAAGUUGUAGUAUGUCUCAUGCGAUGGGCAUUUUGAGUAUGAUCUGCUUCUGUAGGGUGGAAUUCAGUGCAAGUGAAGAAAAGAUUUAUAGGCAAUAUUGAACUUGCAAAACUCUAAGAAAAGAGAAUUUAUUAAUAAAAUCAUAAUUAAACCUG